CUACACCAUACCAUCUAAUCUUAUAACAGUGAAUCUUUUGAUGUAUAUAUACACUGUGCACCAUAUUUUGUGCAGAGCUGGGGAGUAGUUAAUUUAUGUUUAAGUCAGAUUCUGUGUAUUAUAAUGAAAAGCCUAGACUAGCAAAGCCCAGAGGAUAUCUAUCUGUCUCACCAGGCUUUUCUGAGAGAGCAACUCCUUUUAUCAUCAUUACAAUAUCUAACUGCUAGUACUCAUAUUAUUGUACUGCACUUGUUUACUGUAGUAUUCUAGGGUUAAAGCCAGUCUUAAUAUAUCUAGAUCUGCCACAAUAACCACCUCUUCAAAACCUAGAAAUUGUUUUAUAUUUAUAUAUUUGGUAAAGAACAUUUUGACAGGAGGGAGAAUCAAUGGAUUUUGGGAGCUCUUCAUGUUUGAUGGGUACUUAUGGAUCAGGAGACAACAACAACCACCAUGAAAUUCUGCAACAUUUUCACCAUGAUCAGCUCAUUGAAGAUCAUAACAAUAACAACCCUAGCAGAAGACAUGGAAACAGCUCUGGGUCUUCUUCUUCAGCAUCUGUAAAAGCAAAGAUCAUGGCUCAUCCUCAUUAUAGCCGUCUCUUUGCGGCUUAUAUUAGUUGCCAGAAGAUAGGAGCACCACCGGAUGUGGUGGCGAGGCUGGAGGAAGCCUACGCAUCGGUGUCGGUGAUGGGUGGUGGAAGCACAAUUGGAGAGGAUCCGGCUUUGGAUCAGUUCAUGGAAGCAUAUUGUGAGAUGUUGAGCAAGUAUGAGCAAGAACUCUCGAAACCCUUCAAGGAGGCCAUGCUCUUUCUCUCCAGAAUUGAAUCUCAGUUCAAAGCUCUCACCAUUUCUUCCUCAGAUUCUGCGUUUGAGGCCAUGGAUAGAAAUGGGGGGUCAUCAGAAGAGGAUGCUGACACAGAAAACAACCCCGUAGAUCCACAAGCAGAAGACCAGGAAUUAAAGGGCCAGCUUCUCCGCAAAUACAGUGGAUAUUUAGGAAAUCUUAAGCAAGAGUUUAUGAAGAAAAGAAAGAAAGGAAAGCUGCCUAAAGAAGCCCGGCAACAAUUGCUGGAGUGGUGGAGCCGGCAUUACAAAUGGCCUUAUCCAUCGGAACAGCAGAAGAUAGCACUGGCUGAAUCAACUGGUUUAGACCAGAAACAGAUAAACAACUGGUUCAUAAACCAGAGGAAGCGACACUGGAAGCCGUCGGAAGACAUGCAAUUCAUGGUGAUGGAUGCUGCACGUCCCCACUACAAUUACAUGGACAAUGUCGUGGCAAAUCCUUUUCCAAUGGAUAUAGCUCCUCCAUUUAUCUGAAGAACUGGUAACAUGUACUAUUAUGCGAAAAUGUAAUUUAAUCAAUAAAUGUUGUUGAGAAUGACGGAGAAUUCAUGAACUUGGUCCCUUUGUUUGUACUAAUUAUACUAAUAUAAUGACUAUUAAUUGUUUUGUUCGA